AUGGCUACCAACGGCAAGAUUGCGGAUUUUGAACAUACGGCGCUGGACGCCAUUCCCGGCAUCGCCAGCACGGCGCGCGGCACCUUCCGGACUCACAAGACCAAGAACUUGGAAUGGCGCAAGGCACAACUGCGCAAACUGUACUGGGCGGUUGAGGACUAUACACCCCAGCUUGUCGCCGCCCUGAAGGAUGACUUGGGAAAAUCCGACUUUGAGGCCACCCUCACGGAGAUUGACUGGAUGAAGAAGGACUGCAUGUUCAUGCUUGAUCACCUGGACAAGUUCGCCAAAGACGACAAAUUGGGUGCCCCCGCGGUCCCGCUCACUUACUCCUUCAUGUCGUGGCGCGUUCGGAAAGAACCUCUGGGCACCGUCCUCAUCAUCGGCCCCUACAAUUUCCCUAUCCAGCUCCUCCUGGCUCCUCUGGUUGGCGCCAUCGCCGCUGGGUGUACUGCGGUUCUCAAACCCUCGGAACUGACGCCCAAGUGCGCAAUGGUGAUGAAGACUUUCCUCGCUGAGAGACUUGACAACAGCGCCUUCGCCGUGGUUAACGGAGCCAUCCCCGAGACGAACGCGCUCAUGAACGAGAAGUGGGACAAAAUCUUCUUCACCGGCAGCGCCCCGGUCGGCACCAUCAUUGCGAAGAAGGCUGCCGAGACCCUGACUCCCGUGGUGCUUGAGCUCGGUGGCAAGAACCCUGCUUUCAUCACCAAGAAUGCGAACCUCGCUCUGGCUGCCAAGCGCCUGCUCUGGGGCAAGACGGUAAACGCGGGCCAGGUCUGUCUAUCUCAGAACUACAUCCUCAUCCACAAGGAUCUCGUCGACACCUUCAUCACCCACCUCAACGCUGCCUACAAGGAGAUGUUCCCCAAGGGCGCCCAGGCGAGUCCAGACCUUGGCCGCAUUGUCAACAAGCGCCACUUCCUGCGGCUCAAGAAGAUGCUUGACGAUACCCAGGGGAAAAUCGUCAUGGGAGGUUCAUUGGAUGAGACGGAGAACUUCAUCGAGCCCACCGCUGUGUUGGUCAACUCGGUCAACGACUCGAUGAUGCAGGAGGAGUCGUUUGGGCCCAUCUUCUGCAUUUACCCCGUGAACACGCUCGAUGAGGCUGUUUCGACAGCGAACCUGGUUCACCGUACACCGUUAUCUCUGUUCUCAUUUGGCUCCAAGGCCGAGAACGAGAAGGUCCUGAACGAAAUGACAUCGGGCGGUGCAACCCUCAACGAUGCUUUCUUCCACGCUUCGGUCAACACCAUUCCCUUUGGCGGUGUUGGCGACAGCGGCUGGGGCGCGUACCGUGGCAAGGCCAGCUUCGACGCGUUUACGCAUUUCCGUACCGUGUCAGAGACGCCCAGUUGGUCGGAGAAGCUCAUCGCGGUGCGAUACAUGCCGUUUGAUUACAAGAAGCUCAAGCUCCUCACUCGCUUCACCAACAAGAAGCCCAACUUCGAUCGCAACGGCAAGGUCGUCAAGGGCCUUGGGUACUGGACCGGCGUGGUCUGCGGGCUGGGCGGCAAGAGCGCCAAAGGUGCGUUAAUGCGCUGGGCGAUUGUCCUCCUCGCCCACUAUCUCUACACGCACGGCGGUCUUAGGAAUUAG